AUGUUGUCUAUAUUUAUUUCCUGCAUCCUUUUUCUGGCUGGCUGCACGGCGCGUCCCAGCUUUGAGUACAAGGCAAACCCUUUUGCGACGGCGCUUCAAGCUCGACAAUACAGUGGAAACUCUUCGUCAUCCUCUUCUUUGCAAGUGGAUUUGGGCUAUGAGGUCUAUCAAGGAACAUCAAAUAGUACCUCUGGUCUGAACAUUUGGCGAGGCAUACGCUUUGCGGCACCACCGACUGGCUCGAAUCGAUGGCAGGCACCAACAGCACCACAGCAGAACCGGUCUUCGGUUAUUAGUGCGACCUCGUUCGCACCGAUCUGUCCCCAGGGACCGGACGCCAGCACAUCAAUCAAUGCAGUGAACCAGACCGGUGCGAGCGAAGACUGCCUCUUCUUGAACGUCUACUCUCCAAGCAACGCUACCGGACCCCUUCCGGUUCUCGUCUGGAUCCACGGUGGCGGAUACGGAGCCGGUAAUGGCAGACAGGAUCUCUCCACGAUCAUCAAUGCCAACAACAACAGCUUCGUUGGUGUGGCCAUUCAGUAUCGGCUUGCAGCGUUUGGGUUCCUUUCUUCCGACGAAGUAUUCCGCAACGGCGUCGUCAAUGCAGGGCUUCUUGACCAGCACUUCGCCCUACAAUGGGUGCAAUCCUACAUCGGGCUUUUCGGCGGAAAUGCUUCGCAGGUGACGAUUUCCGGGGAAAGCGCUGGUGGCGGAUCCGUGAUGCUUCAAGACAUGGCCUUUGGCGGAAGUCUAGGUCAAUCACUCUUCGUCAAUACAAUCGCCGCAUCCCCUUACUUGCCUAUGCAAUAUGGCUAUAAGGACUGGGUCCCUUCUCAAGCCUACUAUGCGUUCGCAACACAAGCAGGUUGUGCACCGAAUCUACCUUAUGGAAGAAAUCCGCAAACCAUUUUUCAAUGUUUGGUCUCAAAAGACACGAGUACUUUGAUCAAUGCCAGUGCCACGAUAUCCCAGUCAGGAAACUUUGGAACGUGGGCUUUUCUACCAGUCACGGACGGCGUUUUCAUCCAAGACCUCCCAAGUCAGCAACUCCUAAGAAGACGGGUGAAUGGGAAGAAUGCAUUGAUCGGAAACAAUGCCAACGAAGGGCCAUCUUUCACUCCGCAAAACAUCACUACCGAACAGGAUCUCGUUUCGUGGCUACAGUUGACGUUCCCACUCUUCACAAACGAUGAUAUCGCAAAGGUUCUUCUCUACUAUCCCAGUUCUAAUGGUUCUGCAAACGCCGAUGCACCCUUGUAUGCCACAUCGGGCGAGUCUGGGGCUAGCGCGCUCAACGAAAGCUCUGUUGGAGCAGGACAGCAGCAGAGAGCAGAUAACAUCUAUGCGGAAACAACCUUUGUGUGCCCUUCCUAUUGGAUGGCCAUUGCAUACAACGAUCAAGGAAGAACUUCGUACAAGUACCAGUUCUCGGUGGAGCCGGCAUUACACGGGGCCGAUGUCAGUGCAUAUUUUGGCCCAGCCCCGUCCAAUGUCGGCCCUGAUCUGGCGCUGGCAUUCAGGCAAAUCUGGGGCAACUUUAUCACCACCAACAACCCCAGCAUCCCGUCCAACAUUGCAAUUGGCGCAUCGGCAUCCUCGAAUUCGUCCUCGAAUUCAACGUCGUCGUCGUCGUCAUCUUCGUACUCCAAUGAUGCGAGUAAUUGGCCCCCGUUUUCCAUGUACGCGCCAUAUCAGAUCAAUUUGAACCAGACCGGAGGAACGUCUUUCUCCAUGGACAUCACGCAGAUUGGACGUAACAUCACCGAGUAUGGCAAUCCAGGGCUGCAGAACAACAUUACCUUGGUCAAUGCGUGGACCUGGGAGGCCGGACGAGGGUAUCGGUGUGAGUUUUGGCGUAGCAUGGGCGCCAUCGUGCCCGAAUAA